AUGGAAUAUCCUUCUGAAAAAGAAUCUCACACUUCUUUCAGCAUAAUCCCUAAGCAUUACCAGCACAUCCUGGCUUUGGCAUUCACAGUCAAAGAGAUCAAUGAAAACCCUCACCUCUUACCCAAUCUCACUUUGGGCUUCCACAUCUAUGACAGCUAUUGCAAUGCAAGGAGGACUUAUCAUGCUACAAUGCUACUUUUAUACACAGAGGACAGAUUUAUCCCUAACUACCUAUGUGAGCAACAGAAAAAUCUAAUAGCAGUCGUUGGGGGAGUGGAUGCCCCAAUUUCCAUGAAUGUGGCGACGCUCUUGAAAAACUAUAAGGUUCCACAGCUCAUAUAUGGCUCUGCUCCAUUGAAAACAGAUGGAAACCCAGGAAUUUCUUUCUACCAGAUGGUUCCUCAUCAAGCACUUCAAUACAAAGGAAUUCUCUCUUUGCUUCUUUAUUUCAAAUGGAUAUGGAUUGGAGUACUAGUAAUGGAUAAUGAAAAUGGUGAAAUGAUUUUGCAGACUGUUUUGCCUAAAUUUUCCCAGAGAGGUGUCUGUUUUGACUUUAUAAAAAGAAUCCCUAUGUUUAGGUCUGCCACUGAAUUUGAUGAAAGUCUUGAAGAUGGAUUAAAAAUACAUAAGGAACUUCUGAAUAGUACAGCCAAUGUGGUUGUGUUUUAUGGUGACUCUUAUUCCAUGAUGAUUUUGAGAUGGAUUCCAUAUUUUGCAGAACAUCCACCAAGUCUACCAAAUGGUAUAGUGUGGAUAACAACAGCUGCAAUGGAGCUCACUUCACAGCUAUAUCAAAAGAAUUUGGACACAGAAAUAUUCCAUGGUGUCCUGUCCUUCACAAUCCAUUCCAAUGAUCUACCAGCAUUCAAAGCAUUUGUUGAGAGCCAAAAUCCUUUAAACACAAAAGGUGAUGGUUUCAUCAGAGACUUCUGGCAACAGGCCUUUGAUUGUGUAUUUGCAGAUCCAAAUGUGGAAGAUGUGAUGGGGAAUAUUUGUACUGGGGAGGAGAAACUAGAGAACCUUCCUGCUCCAUUCUUUGAGAUGAGCAUGAAUGGCCACAGCUACAGCAUCUACAAUGCUGUCUGCGCUGUAGCCCAUGCUUUGCAUUACAUGUCUUCAACUAGAUUCAAAUAUCAAGUAAUGGAAAGAAGAUUUGGAUGGAAGUACCAGAAUCAACAACUGUGGCAGCUACAUAAUUUUCUCAGACGUGUCUCUUUUAACAACAGUGGUGGGGACAAGAUUUCCUUUGAUGAGAAUGGAGAGUUAGUGGCUGGAUUUGAUGUGAUCAACUGGAUUGUUUCCUCAAACCAAUCAUUUCAUAGAGUGAAGGUUGGGAAUGUUGAUCCCAACCAACAGUUGACCAUCAAUGGGGAUGCCAUAACUUGGCCGAACCAUUUUAACCAGUCUCAGCCUCUUUCCUUAUGUACUGAGCGGUGCCAUCCCGGAACUAGGAAAAGAGUGAAAGAUGGGGAGCCAUUUUGCUGUUAUGAUUGCAUCCCAUGUCCAGAAGGGAAGAUUUCGGCUCAGGAAGACAUGAAUGAGUGUAAUAUAUGCUCAGAAGAAAAAUGUCCAAAUAGUAAUCAGGAUAUGUGUAUUCCCAAGGAAAUAACCUUUUUAUCCUAUGAAGAACCUCUGGGCAUUAGUUUAGCCUGCAGUGAUUUUGCUUUUUCCUUCAUCACAGCUUUGGUUCUGGGAACAUUUUUGAAGCACCACCACACACCCAUUGUCAAAGCCAACAAUCGGGACCUCACCUACACUCUCCUCAUUGCCCUUCUCUUCUGCUUCCUUUGUGCAUUGCUAUUCAUGGGAAAGCCUGAGAAGGUGACAUGCCUCUUCCGACAAACUGCUUUUGGCACCAUCUUUUCAGUGGCUGUAUCUUGCGUGUUGGCAAAAACCAUGACAGUGGUUUUGGCUUUCAUGGCCACCAAGCCAGGAUCCAGGAUGAGGAAGUGGGUGGGGAAGAGACUGUCUAUUGCCAUUGUGGUUUCCUGUUCUUUUAUUCAAGGAGGCAUCUGUGCUGUGUGGUUAGCAUCCUCACCCCCAUUCCCAGAUGUUGACAUGAACUCAAUGGUUCAAGAAAUUGUACUGGAAUGCAAUGAGGGAUCCGUGACUAUGUUUUACUGCGUCCUGGGCUACAUGGGCUUCCUGGCUCUUGUCAGCUUCACUGUGGCUUUCCUUGCCAGGAAGUUACCUGACAGUUUCAAUGAAGCCAAGUUUAUCACUUUCAGCAUGCUGGUCUUUUGCAGUGUUUGGCUGUCCUUUAUUCCCUCCUACCUCAGUACCAGGGGGAAAUACAUGGUUGCAGUGGAGAUCUUUUCUAUCUUAGCCUCUGGUGCUGGUCUCCUGGGAUUCAUCUUUGCCCCCAAAUGCUAUAUUAUUGUGUUGCGGCCUGAACUAAAUAACAGGGAACAUCUAAUAAGAAAUAAGACCUAA